UUAUUGUUAUAGUUUAACGCAAUAAUGAAAUUAAAUUUAUUUUUAUUAUUAACAAUUACAUUAUUAUUUUAUAACGCAAAUGCCCAAACGCAAGCACUGAUAAAUGGAAAUACAAAAUUUACUACGGACGUUUAUAAGAGCCUCAUAAGUACGGAAAAAGGAAACUUCCUUGUAAGCCCUUUUUCUGCUCAAGUGGUGCUAGCUUUAGCAAGUGAAGGUUGUAUUGGCGAAUCAUUUGAUCAGCUAACAAAGGGUGUUGGUAUACCAACAAAUUCAAACAUACGACAUCAGGCGUAUCAACAACUGUUACAAUCAUUUAAUCAGGAUUCUGAAUUGUUAAAACUCCUUUCUGCCAAUAAAAUAUAUGUGCAAAAUAAUUUUACAAUUAAGCAAGCUUUUCAAAAUAUUGCUCGCCAAGUUUACUACUCUGACAUUAAAAAUAUUAACUUCGCAGAAAAUGUAAAUGCAGCUGAAGUUAUAAAUCAGUGGGUUGAAGAGCAUACCAAUAACAAAAUACAAAAUCUGAUAAGUUCAGACAGUCUUAGCGCCCUUACUAGGGUUGUACUUAUUAACGCUCUUUACUUUCUUGGAAACUGGACUCAAAAAUUUGAAGUAAAAAAAACCGCAAUUGGUGAUUUUACUACGAUAUCAGGGAGUAACGUGUCUGUCUCUUUUAUGACAAACGAUGGGAAUUAUAACUACAAAGAAACCAAGAUAGCUCAAUUCAUAGAACUACCAUAUCAGCACGAUGGGAAUCAAAGUGUUUCAAUGAUAAUUGUUUUACCCAAGCAAGGGAAAUCGGGAUGUAUGAACGUACAAUCUAUUUUUAGAAGGCCUACAUUUACUCAAAAUCGGGUCAGGGUAAUUUUGCCCAAAUUUUCUAUACAAACUUCAAUUGAAUUUACACCAAUACUACAAUCUUUGGGUGUAACGGAUAUAUUUAACAAAGAAACUGCAGAUCUUAGUGGUAUGGCUGGUAACAAAGGUCAAUUGAUAGUUUCAAAAGUUGUUCAAAAAACCUUUAUAAAUGUAACUGAAAGUGGGACUGAAGCUGCCGCUGCCACCGGAGUCAUUGUUGGAACAACUUCUGUACAACUUCCUCCUCCUAUUACAUUUGAUGCCUCUAGACCAUUUAUGUAUUAUAUACAGUACAAUAGUAUUAUUUUGUUUUCUGGUAGAGUUUCUGACCCUUCAAAAUAAAUUCGUUUGAUACAAAUAAAGUUAAAAUUAUAUUAGUGUUUAUAUAAUAUGGAGUAUAUUUAAAUACACUGAACAAUAUAUACAAAAUUGUAUUUCCUUUAGACCUAAUGCACAGGCCAAAGUAUACCUACAUAAUAUGUAAAACAUAAUAUAUUCUAUGAAAAGAUUACGUUAUUUUACAUAAUUAGUAGAAUAAUAUAAAUUUAAGUUACAAAAUAAUAUAAAC